AUGGGAAUGGUUAUGUCCACAGUCAGCAAAAAGAGGCUUUGGCAGGUAGCCUUGGAGCUGAUCCCGCAUUUCAAAGAGAGCAGCGUUGAGGCUGAUGUGAUUGCAUACAAUGUUGGGAUUUCUUCGUGCGAGCGUGCGCAAUCUUGGAGCAAGGCCGUAGAACUCCUGCAGGUCAUGAACGAGCAAGGCUUAGCGCCGGACGAAGUCACCUUCAACACGUUGAUGGCAGCUUGUGGCAAAUUGUGGGCCUCUGCACUGAGCUUCCUGGAAGGUGCAACCGUCACGCCUGGACUGUCUGCCAGCACAUACACAUUUAACUCCUGCCUUGGGGCGUGCGAACGCUGCUGGCAGUGGAGGGUGGCAGGGAGUCUUUUCGAUGAGAUGGGGAUCGGCAGCGUGGAGCCCGAUGUCUAUUCUUUCACCUCAGCCAUCAACGCUUGCCGUGGCAAAGCUUGGUCGUGGUUGGCUGCCUGUGAGUUUCUUGAAAAGAUGACAGCGCAGACGGCUGUCCCGAAUGAGAUCACAUAUAGUUCACUUAUGCAAGCUUGUUCUGCAGGCAGCCAAUGGCAAUACGCCCUGCACUGCUUCAACGUAAUGCAGGCGCAGUCUGUUGCACCGGGUGCCAUCACCUACAACAUUGCCAUCCGUGCAUGUGCUGACGGAGCCGAUAGCUAUGCAGCCUUGCUCGCAGCGCUGGAGGCUCGGCAGGAAAUCGAGCGCAGUGCCGAGCAGGGCCCCUGCGGACGAGCACUGCCUCGUCCUGUUUCUCCACCAGCCUAUGUUCCAUGUCCAGCUAGCACCACAUCUCUUGACAGUUCCGAGACAUGCGAGAUGAUCACAGAUCUCCUGGAAGAGUUCACUGAGCGAAUACAGAGCUUCUUUUUAGCUCUGAUGGGGUUCAACCAUCCUCACAUCGAGCGGUUGCAAGCGGCACUGGAUCAGCAGGUCAAAGCGCUGGGCCAAGGGCUAAUGAAGGCCAUGGAAUUGAAGGAUGCCUUCUGGACUUUGAGACGGGCAGUCAGCGAAAGCCAAUGGUGGAACAAGCUCAAGAAGUGUCAGCGACAAUCGAAAGAGCGCGCCACCAUGGCCGCUGAGGAGGCCUCCAAGCGACAGGAAGCGCUGGAGGUUUCUGCGAUGGCAAGGCAGCAGGCAGCCAGGGCACAUGCCGUGGCAGCCAAGCAGGUCAACUCAGGUCCAGAGGCCGCUGUGGUGGUUUGCUUUGGUCGCUGGAGCAAGCUUGCAGAGCUGAGACAGUCGAGGACGCUGAUGGCGGCCUUUGCACAGGGCCGGCAUGUCCGAGCAUCAUCGGCGAGCCUGCUGCAGUCUGUUUUCCUGCAUUGGCAGCAAGCAUCAAGCAGCAGCGCGCGCGAGCGGGCCCUUGGGGCUGAGAGCAAGGCAGCAGUGAAAGCUGCGGCUGUCCAAGUGCAGAGGGCCAAAGCUGCUCUACAAACCGUUAUCAGCGCAACGGACAGGCAGACACUGUCAACCGUUUGGAAGUGCCUUGGAGGUUGGCAGGUUCUGACGUUGAGGUCGUGCCAACGUCGGUGGAAAGAACGGGCUGUGGCAACUGAGCUGGUCGUUCAUCAGGAGGGCGCGCUGCGCCAGCGGCUAAUGCACGCACUGGGCCGUAGAUGCGGCGAGGGUAACGUGCAGAACAUCAUGAAGGUAGGAAGGAACACAUUAGGACAAGACCCUGUGAUAGGGACAACGUGA